AUGUCUUCAAGCAGUAGCCAAGAUCUUUCUGAAGUUGAUAUUAGGUCAGAAACUUAUAAAACAAGUGAAGCCACCACAAUUAUUCACCCAGCCAAAAAAGACAUCUUAGAAUUUGAUUUAGAAAAAGAAUCCUGCCGAUAUCUCAGUUUUCAAGAAACUCUUCAACAAAAUCCGAAUUCUUACUUACUCCCCCCUCCUCCGUGAGUGAAAAAAAAAUUUUGUUCACUCACGGAGGGGGUUAAAUUUUUUUUUUUUUAAAAAAUUUUUAUAUAAAUUUUAUAGAAAUUUUUUUUUCGAAUUUUUAAAAAAUCCUAAUUUGCAAAAAUUGGAAAGCAAAUAUUAAUUUAAUUUAUAAAAUUUUAUGUUUUAAAUGGCAAUUUGUUUAAAAUUAAACAGAAUUAGCUCGAGAUUUCAUUAUAAUAGUUAUCACUUAUAUAUCAAUUUUUUUUUUCCAUAAAAAAAUUCUCUAUUAAAAAAAUUUUUGUUCACUCACGGAGGGUGGGUUUUUGGGCAAAAAAUGGCGAUUUUUCUAAUGGUUUUGUUCACUCACGGAGUGGGGGGAGUUAGGGAAUCCUUUAUUUAUUCUCCUAAACCUUACAAAUCCUGAAGAAAUAAAACAGAUUCGAAUACAUUAUUCUUUGCAUCCCUUAAUUGACGUUGAAUGCCAAAAAUCAAAGUUUAAUAACACUGACACCCUUAUAAAUUUUGGGAAUUUUAUAUUUUUGACCAUAAAUGAUGCAUCAAUUUCUGAUGAAUUGGACGUCUUAUCAACACUAAAGCUAAUAAUUUUUGAUGACCUUGUAUUUGCUUUUUCUCAGUCCCAGCUUUACUGUAUAGAAAAAGUAUUUCAUAACGAGAUGAAUUUUUCGAAUUAUCCAGAAGAAACAGAUGUGCCAGAGGAUGAUGCUGUAAUAAGGUAUUAUUGAAGAACCCAGCAAAGUAUUGCAGCAAAGAAAUUUGAGCUGAAAUUAAGAGGGUCAAGUAAAAUUGAAGACAUUUUGUAUAAGCUAAUCGAUGCAAUUGUCUCACGGUUCGAAAUUUUUGUAAAAAGUAUGGAUGAAGAAACUAAGGUUUGUUUUGAUUAUUCUAAUGUGGUAGAUUAUAAAGAUAGAUCAGAGUUUAUACAUAGGGUAAGCAUGGCGAAAACUAAUCUCGCUCAGCUAAAUGAUUUAAUUGAGCCCAAAGAAAGAUUGUUUAUUUUGCUUAAUCAAUUAAUAAUUUAUAAAUAAAUUUUUUAUUAUUUUUAUAAAGAUAAUUUCUAGUUAUAAUCUUUUGUAAGAAAUGUUUUUUUAACAAGGAAAGUUUAAAAAAGAAAAAAAAUUCAGCAAAUGCUUUAGAUUAUAUAUUAAAAGUAUGCAGGCCAGAAUUUCAAGAAUGCUGGCAAGAAAUGAUGUGUGUCUUCAAAUACUAACUCCCCCCCCCCCUCCGUGAGCGAACAAAACCAUUAGAAAAAUCGCCAUUUUUUGACCAAAAACCCACCCUCCGUGAGUGAACAAAAAUUUUUUUAAUAGAAAAAAUUUUAAUGGAAAAAAAAUUUUGAUAUAUAAGUGAUAAUUAGUAUAAUGAAAUCUAGAGCUAAUUCUGUUUAAUUUUAAACAAAUUGCGUUUUUAAAACAUAAAUUUUGCAAAUUAAAUUAUUUGCUUCCCAUUUUUGCAAAAUUAGGAUUUUUUUAAAUUUCGAAAAAAAUAUUUUUUUUAAAAAUUUAUAUAUAAAUUUUUUUUAAAAAAAAAAAAAAUUUAACCCCCCUCCGUGAGCGAACAAAAUUUUUUUGUUCGCUCACGGAGGGGGGGGGGAGUAAAUAAAGCAGAAAAUGUUCACAUUUCUUUUACUGAAACAGCACUUACAUUAUAUACAAAUAAAUUAAACAAAACAAUGACAGUCUUUGCAGCUGCAGCAUUUGCGUACAUGCCCCUUAGCACAAUUCCUGCAUUUUGAGGGAUGAACUGUGAGGUCCCAUGGAAAUAUGUAGAUAGCACAUGACCAUUUUACACUUUAGUUGGCUCUUGUAUAGCUUCAUUUAUUUUGAUUAUGAUAUUUUUUAAACUAAAAUCAUUGAUUUAA